AUGCCAUCGCUACCAGCUGAGUUUCGCUGCUUUCAGCAUGUUAACUUUAUAUUUGCACGAAAUUUGCCUUUAAAAGUUCCGUCUCAUAUGGCACCGAUAUCUAACAAUUCUGUUGAAGGCAAACCUCUAAAUAACCAGGAGCAUGAGCAGAUAGGCUAUAUCGCUCCCUCCCCGGAGCUGAUUCGUGGGGACCAGUGUGUUGUUGAAAAGCGUUCUACUUCCAUAUAUGAAGUUGAGGGUAGCAGGUCAGAGGUAUUGCUAUUGAAAGGUAUGCCAAGUUGCCUUUCUUGUUCUCAACCGAGUGAGUUUCCGAGUUAUGAUAGUCCCAGAUGCGUGUCCUCGUAUUAUAUUCUACGUGAGCCUACAACUUCAGACCUCGAUGGUACAGGUGAAGUGAGCCAAUACAAUGGACGAGUGUGUUAUCGGAGUGAGGUUUGUGCCAAUACACAGCACCCCACAUGGCAAUGGAUUCCUGCUAACGUGUUAUUGAACUACGCUACACACACGAAGUUUAUAUUAGAAGUUUACUAUUGUAGUCAAGACGAUGGGAUUAGGGUUUACACUCAGGCAUGUGAGAAUAGUGUCUGCUAUAACGGCUGCGCUGGUGAAUUUUCUUCAUGUGCAACAUCAUCAUGUUGGCAUCCAAAUUUCGAGAGGGACCGAUGUGUGUAUCGAGUGCCGUUAGAUACUGUUCGGUUGCGUUAUGUCGCACAUUCUAUAGCGGAAGCGGACCAGCAUGUACUAGACAAGUCUAUAAAAAAUACCCAAGAUUGUACUGUAUUUUUAGUGAAAUGUUUUGACGGGGUUUUUUUACUCUCACCAGAGGCAAACGUGUCUCCAGACAAAGUGCUUUUCGGUACUGAGAAGGCUGAGGAGCCUUGGUGUCGUAUAGAUGUUGAUUCCGAUAGUUCGCUUGGCACUUUAUCACACAAUAAAUCGAUUUCUAUCCAAAGGGAUUUGUCUUCCCGUGGACGGAUGCCAUCUGGUGCGCCAUGUGGUAGUAUAUCUGUUGGCGAUUUAAAAUCAUUAUCAAUAGCAACUCUUGCAUGGCGAAAUUUACACCGAGUCAUUUUAGAAAGGCGACAGGAGCUGUUGGACGGCAUCGAUGCUUCGGAGGUAUUAUACCGUGUGCAGACUAUUCAAUGUGGCAUGGAAGCUACCUUAAAGGCAUCCCUUUCGCAUUUCAACGAACAGCUUACUAUGUCGAUACUAGCAGUUGAACAACUUCGGGUCCAAGUAGAAGAAAAGCAACGCGUUCUUGACCGACACGAGCAUGCAUUUUCUCUUUUAAAAGAUAAGGAUGUAAAGCUGGAUGAGGCACAUUUGCAGAAAGUUACAUCGGACAAGCGUGAAGAAUAUCAGCGUACGGAGCUCCGCUUUAAGCUAGCUCAAUACCGGAAGUGCCGUGCUUUAGAGUUAGCAUCAAUAUAUCAUGUUGAGCUAGGCGUGCAGCGUGCGAAUUAUUCCGGAAAUACCAAGAAAUUAUGUGACACGAUUAAUGGUGUUUCUUUACCAUUAUUUACGCAACAAAGCACCGAUGCUGUGAGCAGUUCUGGAAAUGUUUUUUCCCAGAUCUCAGCCCAGGAGAUGUAUAAUGAGUCCCUUGCUCUGGGCUACGCGGCACACGUUGUACAGACGCUGUCAGUGAUUUAUGGUAUUGUAUUGCCAUUUCCUCUCAUUUUGGCGGGCGCACGGAGCCGCGUUUUGGUUCGUUCGGAUCUUUCACCCGAGCUAGCAGCUGCCAGCUGUACGGGGUCCGGUGAUGCUAAGCUACCUUUGUUUUAUCAAAGUGUCGUGAGCAGACCCUUAAUACAGGCGGCUGCGGCGUUAUUGGCAUGCGAUAUCGUCACCCUAACCCAAGCAAUGGGGAAGGAUGUGGCCAAGGUAUGCAGCUUCGGGCUACGACUAGGGGAGGCGUUGCAGUAUAUUCUUUCUGACAAAUCCAAUUAA